AUGGCAGACUCAGAGCAUGAUCAUCAUUCUUCUUGGUCAGAUGCACAGGGACAGAUCAUUGACUGGACUCGAUUUCCUUCAAAAGUGCGUCAGUCGACAUGGAUUGACUUUAUCAAAACAUACCCUUUCGAAAAGACCUAUCUUGGACCCAUGUCGCGAUGGCCGGAUGAGUUACGAAGAUUGGCAGUGCAGAUCAUGUUCUCACCCUUUCCCAGGAUGGUUUACUGGGGAGAAGACCAGGCCAUUCUCUACAACCAGGCUGCAUCAACUUUGCUUGGUUCCAAACAUCCCAGUUUUGCUCUGGGAAACCGUUUUGUUGAUGUUUGGGGUCCUGAGAUACAUGAAAAGCACAUGAAGAUGAUUAGAGCAUCCCUCGACCGAGGCACAGUGGCCCAGGCCAAAGAGAUGGAAGCCAUUCUGGAGCGUAACGGCUUUAUUGAAGAAACAUACUGGGACGUCGUCUUACAGCCCUGCAGCGGUCCUGAUGGUAAUAUGGUCGCCGUCUUAAACACAUACCAGGAAUGCACCUCUUCUGUUUUCCAGCAUCAAAGGCGCACAAUCAUCGACAGAAUCCAAGCCAUCAUACCCACCGUUGACAACUUUCCCGACCUCUGGACAUCAGUAGCGAAUGAGCUUCGGAAUAACCUUCACGACACAGCAUACUUAUUAUUCUACACAGCAGUCAACCAACCUAAUGAGUCAGGUUAUGCUCAUGCCAUUGAUCGUGUGGAUACCUUCCAAUUGGAACUACAGAUAGUAUCAGGAGUCGCUGGGCAACCUUUCGAAUCUGUCGUUCAUGUGGGCGAGCGAUUUCCCAGACCCUCGUUAGGAGCUGUUUUCGCGGAAGCUCGCAAGACCCAACAAGUCAUUGUACUACAACAAGACAGGCUUCCCCCAGAGCUAGCUCUGCUCAUUCCAGACCGCGGAUUUGUGACUACGGCUUGUGUGUUGCCCAUCGCAAGUGUAUCUGGACAGCAGAUUGCUUUCGCUGUUCUUGGAAUGAACCCGCGAAGACAAUUUACUGAUGAAUCACGUCUUUUCCUCAGCCAUAUGAACGAUUUAAUAUCCAAGGCCGCUGCUUUGAUUUCUCUCCCCGAGGAGCAAAGGCGAGAUCAGGAGAAGUUUGAACAAAUCAACUUGGCUCUCUCCCAGCAGCUGCAGAUCAUUGCCUUGAAGGCCGAGAAGAACGAGGAGACAUUUACCCGUAUGGCGCAAAACGCGCCCUUCGGAAUGUACAUGUUUGAUCGCGACGGCAAUCCAAUAUACGUCAACAAUGCAUACCUUCGACUGAUUGGCCUCAAUCGUGAUACGUUUGAACAAGCAGCGUCUCGUGGACUAGCAUGGAAAGACACCAUCUAUGAAGAAGAUAUCGAUUUGGCUUCAAACAUAUGGACCCGAAUGAGGGAUUCGAAGACAGCGCAGACAUUUGAGUACCGAGUUAAAAUACCGCCCACACAGCCCGGCGAGAACUUCGGCAUCCGAACACUGGAGACAAUUAGUUUUCCAGAGAUUGACAACAGCGGCAGAAUCGUGACAGUGCAGGGAUGGCUUAUGGAUAUUUCUCCUCGCAAGCGCUUGGAAUCUCUCAUGGCACAACGUCUAGAGGAUGCUCUUGAAACUAGAAGAGCAUCGGAGAAUUUUAUCGAUAUGGUAUCGCACGAGAUGCGCAAUCCGUUGUCAGCCAUACUUCAGCUUGCUGAUGGUAUCCUCGGCUCGUUCGAUUUUGAGCCAGCAAAAGAUCCUGUUUCCCUACCAGCUGACACAGUCAAUAUGAUGAUUGAUGCAGCUCAGACUAUCACUCUAUGUGCUCAACAUCAGAAAUGCAUUGUCGAUGACAUUCUAACUCUGUCAAAAUUGGAUUCUUCACUGCUUGUCAUAACUCCGGACAAGGUUCAUCCACCUACGCUAAUCGAGAAGUCUCUCAAGAUGUACGAAGCCGAACUUGCGAGAGCGGACAUCGAAGCCAAACUGGUGAUCGAACAGAGCUACGUUGACGCCCAGUUGAAUUACGUGAUGUUGGAUCCCAGCAGAGUUUUGCAGGUCAUUAUCAACCUGCUGACCAACGGAAUCAAAUUCACUCGAGACUGCCCAACUCGAAAGCUCUCAGUAUACUUGUCAGCGUUUGAACAGCCGCCGGUCGGAGGACAACGCAGUGUCAGCUUCAUCGAGCCUCGGCCACGACAAUCGAGUCUUUCUACCUCACCAGAGUGGGGCCCUGGGGGAGAGGUAUAUAUCCAAUUUGCGGUGCAGGACACCGGAAAGGGUCUGACGGAAGAUGAGUUGAAGCUGCUUUGGCAGCGAUUCAGCCAGGCCAACCCCAAAACAUACAAGCAAUAUGGUGGCAGCGGUCUCGGUCUGUUCAUCUCUCGCGAAUUGACCGAGUUACAAGGCGGUCAGAUUGGUGUUCACAGCGAAGCAGGUGUUGGAAGCAUCUUCAUGUUCUACAUCAAAGCUAGGCGCUGCGUUGACGAGCCAAAGACCCGGCAAACUAGCUUCUCUGCCCCCACGGCCACCAGUCCAGUGCUACUGCCGCACACGGCAUCAGAGGCAAGGAGAGCCAAUGUCAGUGAAGGCUCCGUGCAUACGCUUUCUUCACUGUCCCGGACUGUCGCCCCCGAAGAUAUUCAUAUUCUGAUCGUUGAGGACAACAAGAUCAACCAGCGCGUCAUGUCGCAACAGCUGCGCAAACUGGGAUGCGUCGUCCACACAGCAGACCACGGCCAAGACUGUCUCGACUUCCUCGAAACGACAGUCUUUACUUCCAACUCCAAAAACACACCACUCUCUGUCAUCCUCAUGGAUCUAGAGAUGCCAGUAAUGGACGGCCUGACCUGCGUACGAAGAAUCCGCGAACAAGAAGCUACAGGCAAAGUCACGGGUCAUGUUCCUGUGAUAGCAAUUACCGCCAAUGCACGAAGCGAGCAGAUCAAUAUUGCCAUGGAGGCUGGUAUGGACACUGUUGUGACCAAACCAUUUAGAAUUCCGGACUUGGUGCCUCGGAUGCAGUCGCUGUUGUCUGAGUACCCAGCCAAGUGA